CUUUACAUCUGCGGCUAUUCUUCUCGAUAACCCCGCCUUUUUCGGGCGGUCUUGCGCUGUUUGCGCUUGCUUAGUAGAAAUGUUUUGAGUCUCCAUGGUAACCUGUGCACCGUGCACUCAGAACGAAAGAUGAGGCUGAAGCGGUUCCUACUCCGGUAUUAUCCUCCAGGUAUUAUCUUGGAAUAUGAAAGAGGUGGAGAGCUGAAAACGAAGUCUAUAGAUUUACUGGAGCUGUCCCCCGAGACUAAUGUGGACCAAAUUGUAGAAGAAAUAAGAAGAGCAGAACCUCUUAUCACUGCCUCCCGCACCGAGCAAGUAAAGCAACUCAUCCUAAGAUUGCAAGAGAAGAUAGGACAGCAGGACCACCAAAAGUACUAUCUGUUUAAGGUGCUCAGAGCUCAUAUUUUGCCUUUGACAAAUGUGGCAUUUAACAAAUCUGGAUCCAGUUUUAUUACCGGAAGUUAUGAUCGCACAUGUAAAGUCUGGGACACAGCGUCUGGAGAGGAGCUACAUACCUUGGAAGGUCAUCGAAAUGUGGUCUAUGCCAUCCAGUUUAAUAACCCCUAUGGAGAUAAAAUUGCCACUGGAUCUUUUGAUAAGACCUGCAAGUUAUGGAGUGCUGAGACUGGGAAAUGUUAUCACACCUUCAAGGGACACACGGCAGAAAUAGUUUGCCUUGCAUUUAACCCUCAAAGUAGUCUGGUCGCCACCGGAAGCAUGGACACUACAGCGAGACUGUGGGACAUAAAGAGCGGAGAAGAGGCACUUACCUUAACCGGACACUCUGCAGAAAUAAUUUCUUUGUCAUUUAACACAAUUGGCGACCGACUGAUCACAGGCUCCUUUGAUCAUACGGUGUCUGUAUGGGACAUUCCUUCUGGCAGGAAAGUUCACACCCUCAUCGGUCAUCGAGGAGAGAUCAGCAGUGCACAGUUCAACUGGGACUGUUCUCUAGUUGCUACCGCCUCGAUGGAUAAGACCUGCAGGCUCUGGGAUGCAUUGAGUGGAAAAUGUGUGGCAACCCUGACUGGUCAUGAAGAUGAGGUUCUGGAUGUUGCAUUUGACUCCACAGGACAGCUGGUUGCCACUGCCUCAGCUGAUGGGACAGGGAGAGUUUAUAAUGCAGCUAGCAGGAAGUGCUUAGCCAAAUUAGAGGGACAUGAUGGAGAGAUUUCCAAGAUUUGUUUUAAUGCUCAGGGUACUCGGAUUUUAACAGCGAGCUCUGAUAAGACUGCACGCCUCUGGGAUCCACACACAGGGCAGUGUGUUCAGGUGCUGGAGGGGCACUCCGAUGAAAUAUUCUCCUGUGCUUUCAACUAUGAAGGAAACACAAUUAUUACAGGGAGCAAGGACAACACGUGCAGAAUAUGGCGUUAGUUCAUCGUUCAUUCCAUGCUGACUGAUAGAAUGGAGUAGCCAAAUGUGAGGGACAUAAGGAAUACUACACUAAUCCACUGUAAGGCUGGGUUCACACCACGUUUUUUCAGUACAGUUCCCAUAUACGUUUUCAAUUUGAAAACCGUAUGGAACCGUAUUGAAACCCGUAUGCAAUGACUCUCCAUUGAAAACCGUAUGCCAAACGAUGCAUCAGGUUGUGUCCGUUUUGCAUCCUGUACGGUUUUGUCAGUUUUUUUCCCCAUAACCCAAACCGUAUCCUACCACGAUUUUUGGUCCGGGUGAAAAACUGUACUGAAACGUAUAAUUUUUUUAAAACAUGGCAGUCAAUGGGAACCGUACAGAACCGUAUGAGCGUACGUUUCCAUCCGGUUUUCACCCUAAAUUUUUUGACUUUGCACAGUUUUUUUUCUUGGAAUUUCAAUCAAACAAGUGAAACUUUAUUCAUAAUAAACUGAAAAGUUAAAAACAUACUUUUUUUUUCUUAAAAAAAUGGAUACAACCGGACAUCAUUUUACAACCGUAUACAGAUUAAAAUUUGUUCACACGUUUUGAUACAGUUUAGUCAGGUUUUGAGGAAUCCGUUUUUAAAAUCAAAAACCUGAUACGGGAACUGUAUUGCAAAAACGUGGUGUGAACCCAGCUACAACCCAACUACUGACCUCUCCGUCACUUGUAUGUCACUGACGUUCACAAAUGUUCCGAUCAUUCGCUUCUGUUCAUAAGUCGUAUGUCAUUUGCUUAUUAAAAUCACUUUUUAUUUGGUUAUGUUUUCUAAGUUGACAUUAUGACUUUACAUAGUUGACUGCUUUAUUUAUUAGGAAUAAUAAACAUUUUUCAGA